CCGUCUUUACAAUAACGCUGACUCACUCUGUAUUAUCCAAAUUUUUUUACAGGCUCCGGUGUUGAAAACUACCGCCGACAGAGGUGUCUUGACUUGAGCUCAACCCGCAAAAUUUCGCGCAAACUUCUCACGGUAGCGACUAGAGAGAUGGCCAGAGGCGGACGCGGCGGCGGAAGUCGCAAUCCGGCCAAUUUACCCCGGGAACAGCAAAUUUCAAGGAAGGUUAGCUGGUUGUUGAGACAUGGUGCGGGUCAAGAGGGGUUGAAGUUGGGUAAGGGUGGAUAUGUCAAUGUGCAGGAUGCGCUAAACACCAAGGCCUUAAAGGCCCUCAACAUCACUUUUCCUGAACUCCGCGAAGUAGUUAUAAGUAGCGAUAAACAGCGCUUCUCUAUGAUUCUCUCCUCAUCUCUCGAGCAGAAGCAGCCUUCCGAAGCACCAUCACCACAGCCGGAGAAACUCGAAACAGAAGCUCUCCAGAGUAUCCUAGAAUCAGACGAUCCAUCAGACUACCUUAUCCGCGCCAACCAAGGCCAUUCAAUCAAAGUGGACACCGAAGGCCUACUUGUACCAAUCACAGAAGAAGCAGGUAAUGUUCCCGAAACUGUCGUCCACGGCACCGACGAGCCUGCGUGGAGACUUAUCCUGAAGAGCGGCGGCCUACGACGCAUGGGCAGGAAUCACAUCCACUUUGCAUCCGGCCUCCCUGCUGGAUUCAAGUCGCUCGAAUCACCCACGGGCUCCACAGAAGAGAAAGAGGCCGCGCCCGUGAUAUCUGGUAUGCGCAAGAACUCUUCGAUACUCAUCUACAUCGAUAUUACUGCCGCGCUCGCCGUUGGUAUCAAGUUCUUCAUCUCUGAGAAUGGGGUCAUUCUGACAGAAGGAAAUGAGCAGGGCUUUUUGCCGUAUGAGUUCUUCAAGCGCGUGGAGAGUAGGAAGAGAGAUGGAGGCGUGUUGAUGAGUGAGGGGAAGUUACCGGAUGGCGUAGUUGUAGAUGUCGCAGAGUGGGAGAAAGCGGUUGGUGAUGUCGAGGGAAAGGGCAAGAGGGGUGGUAGAGGAGGUAGAGGCGGGCGAGGUGGGGGAAGAGGCGGAAAGGCGAGGGUCAUUGACGAUUCGAAAGAUUUGAUGGCCGGGUCCUGAGAGUGCUUAAGUAUCGGUCUGACUGACUCAUGGACCUGAAAAAGACAGAUUUGUGUUAUGCUUGUUUUCUAUCAAGCUAUGAUUUUGGGAUAGAAGCGGAAAAUGGUCUGUUGAUGGGCGUUAUUCAAAGCAUCACCUUACAAGACCACGGCGAACAUAGAACUGCUUUUCUCAAGAUGAACGAAUGUCUGAAACUUCUUCGUACGUACAACACAAUUUUGAAGACGAGAG